CCCUUCCACAACCUUCCUAUUCCAUAGGAGUUCUCGGGCAGCUUCCAUGGAAGGAGGGAGCCAAGAAGGCCCUCUGUAAACCUGAAGAUGAUCAUUACAACAUGGAUUGUGUACAUCUUCGCCCGGAAAACUGUAGGGCUACCCUUCCCACCAAAGACAAACUCGGACAUUGAAGUUGUGGAAAGUGAAGCUGUAUCCAUAGUCCAGCAUUGGUUGAACAAAACGGAAGAAGAGGCUUCUCGGAACAUAAAGGAGAAGAUGUCUACCAACAUCCCUCCCACUCAUGGACACGACAUACAUGUGACCAGAGAUGUGGUGAAGCAUCCUCUCUCCAAGUGUGAUAUGUUAUCAGACCCUAGUCAGGAAGUCCUGGAGGAGAGAACAAGGAUCCAGUUUAUAAGAUGGAGCCACACCCGCAUCUUCCAAGUACCAAGUGAAAUGAUAGAAGAUGUCAUGCAGGACCGGAUAGAUGAAGUGAGACGAAGCGUGUCUCACCUCAUGUGUGACUCAUAUAAUGACCCAAGCUUCAGAACUUCUUGCUCAGACUGCUAAGGUUGAAGGCCUCCGGAAUCAACGAACAGCCUGUGUCCAAAAAGGAUCCACCUCGUGUUUGACCUGAAGGGUGACCAGACUUUAGCAGAAAGACUAUAGAGGCUGAGCCCUUGGUUACCACCAUGAUGAUACUGGAAUCUUCUUGCUGAAGUGCUAAUAAAGAGACAUCUUAUCACCAA